AUCUGUUUUUAAUUUUCUGUUAAUAAACCGUUCCUUCUCUCUCUCACGAGCACACCAAGCAACCAACGAAAAAGUCUUCCCUGUCAAUCUGUAAGCUUUUUCCAAAAUCAAUCUCAGUUUGUUUCUAAUUGAAAAGUUUGUUUUAUAGAUUGGGUUCAAAACUGAAUCCACCCUGCUGCUAUUUAUAUCCAAUUCUCCAUUUGUUUAUUUGCUAACAAAAUCAGAUAAAUCCUAAAAAAAUUCGAUUUUUUAGUGUUUUUCUUCUUGUAAUUUGAUUUUAUCUGGUAAUUUAUAAGUACCCAGAUGGAAAUUAUGGUUGGAUCAGGUGAAUUUAUAUGAAAAGAUAGUGAAUUUAAAGUUUUUUUUUUGAUAAUCGGGUAGCGGGAGCGCUUCUGAAAAGAAUUGAAUAGAACCCACGACCUUGACAGAAUACUAGUGAGCGUUUAUACUGUUUGAGUCAUAACUCGUUUGGAUUGUUUUUAUCGUUUAGCUAGUCAAUAUUGUUAUAAUGGAGGAGGAUAAAAAUAAAAAAUCUGAGUUGAUGAGUGGACUCAUUGAGUCAGUGAAGGAGAUCUGUUUUUUACCUGAAUGUAAAAAUAUAUGCAAGAAAAUGCAUGGAAAUUUGGUACGGAGGAUUAAGCUUUUGAGUCCUUUGUUUGAGGAAUUGAGAGAUAGUAAUGAAGAGAUUGGCAAAGAUGGGAUUAAAGGGUUUUUGUUGUUUAGAACUGCUUUGGAUUCUGCAAUUCAGCUUCUUAAACCACUCAGUCAAGGAAGCAAGGUGUAUCAGGCCUUGCAAAGGGAAAAGAUAGCAAAAGAGUUUUGCCUGGUUACAGAAAAAAUUGAAGCAGCAUUAUGUGAGAUUUCAUAUGACAAACUUGAUUUAUCGGAGGAAGUUCGAGAACAGAUUGAGCUUGUACAUUCUCAACUUAGAAGGGCUAAGGCCAGACCAGAGUUCCUUGAUUUACAACUAGACCUUGAUUUAGCCGUAGCGCAGAGAGAAAAAGACCCUGAUCUUGCAAUAUUGAAGAGACUUUCAGAAAAGCUGGAACUAAAGACUAUUAAUGAUCUAAAGAAAGAGUCUCUUGCUUUCCAUGAGCUGGUUAUCUCUAGUGGCGGUGAUCCAGGGGACUUGUUCGAGAAGAUGUCAUCCAUUCUGAAGAAGUUGAAGGACUAUGUUCAAACGGUAAACCCUGAUGCAGAUAAUUCUGAGUCUGACAAAGGUUUGUUUAAGCACAGAUCACCUGUCAUCCCAGAUGAUUUCCGGUGCCCCAUUUCUCUUGAACUAAUGAAAGAUCCCGUGAUUGUUUCUACUGGACAGACUUAUGAAAGAUCGUGCAUCCAAAAGUGGCUUGAUGCAGGCCACAAGACAUGUCCCAAAACUCAGCAGACAUUGUUGCACACUGCGCUGACACCUAACUAUGUUUUGAAGAGUUUAAUUUCUUUGUGGUGCGAAAGCAAUGGUGUUGAGCUGCCUAAACAACAAGGGGCUUGCAGAAGCAAAAAAGUUGGAAGUAGUGUGUCGGACUGUGAUAAGGCUGCUAUUGUUGCAUUAUUGGAAAAAUUGGCAAACGGGGAUCGGGAACAACAAAGAGCAGCUGCUGGAGAGCUUCGUUUACUGGCAAAGAGGAAUGCAGAUAACAGGGUAUGUAUUGCUGAAGCAGGAGCAAUUCCACUCCUUGUUGAGCUUUUAUCCUCCACAGAUCCACGCACCCAAGAGCAUGCUGUUACUGCGCUUCUAAACCUUUCUAUAAACGACAGUAACAAGGGAACAAUAGUUAAUGCAGGAGCGAUACCGGAUAUAGUAGAUGUAUUAAGAAACGGAAGUACGGAGGCAAGAGAAAAUGCAGCUGCAACCCUUUUCAGUUUAUCUGUUAUAGAUGAGAAUAAGGUUGCCAUAGGAGCAGCUGGGGCUAUCCCAGCGCUUAUAGAUUUGCUCCGUCAGGGAACUCCAAGAGGUAAAAAAGAUGCCGCCACUGCGAUCUUUAACCUUUCGAUUUAUCAGGGAAAUAAAGCGAGAGCAGUAAGGGCUGGCAUAGUGCCAUCUCUUAUGCAGUUACUUAAGGAUGCCGGAGGUGGAAUGGUGGAUGAAGCAUUGGCAAUUCUCGCGAUUCUCGCAAGCCAUCAAGAAGGGAAGAUAGCAAUCGGCCAGGCAGAGCCGAUUCCUAUUUUGAUAGAAGUCAUCAGGACAGGUUCUCCACGCAACAGGGAGAAUGCUGCAGCUGUCCUGUACUCUCUAUCGGCUGGUGAUUUGCAGCAGCUGAAGUUAGCAAAGGAAUCUGGUGCAGAAGAAGCACUGAAGGAACUAUCGGAAAAUGGCACCGAUAGGGCCAAGAGAAAAGCUGGAAGCUUAUUGGAGCUCAUUCAAAGAGUUGAUGUUGUUGUUAGUCCAAGCUUCCUAUGACUCCUGGCAUCAUAUGUCGAUCAACAAGCAAUAUCUUUUCCGUAUCUGGUUACCAGAGAUUUUCAUGCCGUCUACUAGUUUCAUAUUCGAAAAGGUAAAUGUACAAAGCAUUGAACGAUGAAAAUGGAUAAAUAGGUAUCCGAGGUGCAUUAUAGUAGUCUUGUGUAUACUUCAUUGUGAUUGGUCGAGUUCAUGUGUGACCCGAUGGAUGCGGUGCGAUUGGUUUUCUAGAUUCCCUCUGCGACCUGCGCUCAAAGAAAAUGAAAAAAAUGUUAGUUUGAUGUCGGACGUAACGUCCACCGAUCUUCGGAUGUCUAUAUCAGAUUUCGUGUGAUAAAUGUACAAGUAUAUGUUGCUAUUUCUUUAUUUAGUAUUCAAACUUUUCAUUCUUAUUUAGGAAUAUAAUUUCCUGAAUGUGUGCAGAUUCAUCGUAGAUUGAAUUUUUAUGAAGUGUUCAGUCUUUAGGAA